CUCCAUCGCUCUUUCAACAUCCCUCCUCCCCUCUUUCAAUACAACUCCUCAGUCAUGUCCUCCACCAUCCGCGCACCAGCCAUACUAUUGCUCACCAUGCUAUCUCUAGCCACUGCAGCAACGGCUGUCAGCUUAUGCAACAUCAGCUCCGAUGAGCUCGACGAAUGCCGGCCAGCGGUGAGCGGGCUGAGCCCCAGCGAGCCCACCGUGGCUUGCUGCUCGGCGUUAGAACAGGCCGACCUGCCUUGCCUCUGCUCCUACCGUAGCUCGCCGCUGCUGCCAUCAUUUGGUAUUGAUCCUGAUCUCGCCAUGCAGCUCCCACGCAAGUGUAGCCUCUCUCUGCCUCCCGAUUGCUAGCUGAUUACUUGUCCCCUGGCAGCUGCGGCUUAGUGCUGAUAUCUAUGUAUUACUUCACGUGUGUUUGUUGUGUUUUAAUGAAAAAAAAUAUUAUGUGCGGGUGAGAUGAAGGUGAAAUGUAUUUGAGAUGGGCACUCUAUUCUAAUCCAGGAGAAAAUAUUAGUUCUAGUAAA